GCGGACGCCAUGCGGGGGGCUCUGACGCCCCUAUCUUCGCUGCUGCCACUGCUGUCGCUGCUGCUGCUGGGGUGCGGACCGCGGGCGGCUACCGGAGGCGGGGCCGGCGGGGCAGCGGGCUACGCGCCGGUGAAGUACGUGCAGCCCAUGCACAAAGGACCCGUGGGGCCGCCCUUCCGCGAGGGCAAGGGCCAGUACCUGGAAAUGCCUCUACCGUUGCUGCCAAUGGACCUGAAAGGCGAGCCUGGUCCACCUGGGAAGCCUGGGCCUCGGGGGCCCCCUGGCCCUCCUGGCUUCCCAGGAAAACCAGGCACUGGAAAGCCAGGGCUACAUGGACAGCCUGGCCCUGCUGGGCCCCCUGGCUUCUCCCGGAUGGGCAAGGCUGGUCCCCCGGGGCUCCCGGGCAAGGCCGGACCACCAGGGCAGCCAGGGCUUCGGGGAGAGCCGGGGAUACGAGGGGACCAGGGCCUCCGGGGCCCCCCAGGACCGCCUGGCCUCCCUGGACCCUCAGGCAUUGCUGUCCCUGGGAAGCCAGGCCCCCAAGGAGUGCCAGGGCCCCCAGGAUUCGGAGGGGAGCCAGGGCCCCAGGGGGAGCCUGGGCCCCCAGGUGAUCGAGGCCUCAAGGGGGAUAAUGGAGUAGGCCAGCCAGGGCUACCUGGGGCCCCAGGGCAGGGAGGUGCCCCUGGACCACCUGGCCUCCCUGGUCCAGCUGGCUUGGGCAAACCGGGUUUGGAUGGGCUUCCUGGGGCCCCAGGAGAUAAGGGUGAGUCGGGGCCUCCUGGAGUGCCAGGACCCAGGGGGGAACCAGGGCCUCUGGGCCCAAAAGGGCCCCCAGGUGUGGAUGGUGUGGGGAUACCAGGGGCGGCAGGGAUACCAGGGCCACAGGGCCCAGCAGGGGCCAAAGGGGAACCAGGAACCCGGGGCCCCCCUGGCCUGAUAGGCCCCACUGGCUAUGGGGUGCCAGGACUGCCAGGCCCUAAGGGGGACAGGGGUCCAGCUGGGGUCCCAGGACUCUUGGGGGAUAGGGGUGAGCCAGGUGAGGAUGGGGAGCCAGGGGAGCAGGGCCCACAAGGCCUUGGGGGCCCCCCAGGACUUCCAGGGUCUGCAGGGCUCCCUGGCAGACGGGGGCCCCCUGGGCCCAAGGGGGAGGCAGGGCCUGGAGGACCCCCAGGAGUGCCUGGUAUUCGGGGUGACCAGGGGCCUAGUGGCCUGGCUGGGAAACCUGGGCUCCCAGGAGAGAGAGGACUUCCUGGGGCCCAUGGACCCCCUGGACCUACUGGGCCCAAAGGUGAGCCUGGUUUCACAGGCCGCCCUGGGGGACCAGGGGUGGCAGGAGCCUUGGGGCAGAAGGGUGACUUGGGGCUUCCUGGGCAGCCCGGCCUGAGGGGCCCCUCAGGAAUCCCAGGUCUCCAGGGCCCAGCAGGUCCUAUUGGGCCCCAGGGACUGCCAGGCCUGAAGGGUGAACCGGGCUUGCCAGGACCCCCUGGAGAGGGGAAAGUGGGGGAACCCGGAGUGGCUGGGCCUACAGGGCCUCCUGGGGUCCCCGGUUCCCCAGGACUCACUGGCCCUCCUGGGCCUCCCGGGCCACCUGGUCCCCCUGGAGCCCCCGGGGCCUUUGAUGAGACUGGCAUCGCCGGCCUGCACCUGCCCAAUGGUGGAGUGGAGGGCGCUGUGCUGGGCAAGGGGGGCAAGCCACAGUUUGGGCUGGGCGAGCUGUCGGCCCACACAACGCCUGCCUUCACCGCUGUGCUCACUUCGCCCUUUCCCGCCUCCGGCAUGCCUGUUAAAUUUGACCGGACUCUCUACAAUGGCCACAGUGGCUACAACCCAGCCACUGGCAUCUUCACCUGCCCUGUGGGCGGGGUCUACUACUUUGCUUACCACGUGCACGUCAAGGGCACCAACGUGUGGGUGGCCCUGUACAAGAACAACGUGCCAGCAACAUACACCUACGAUGAAUACAAGAAGGGCUACCUGGACCAGGCAUCUGGCGGGGCUGUGCUCCAGCUGCGGCCCAACGACCAGGUCUGGGUGCAGAUGCCGUCGGACCAGGCCAACGGCCUCUACUCCACUGAGUAUAUCCACUCCUCCUUUUCAGGGUUCUUGCUCUGCCCCACAUAACACCACAGGGGCCUUGCCGCCUUGGCCUCCUCCUCUUUAGUGGUAGAGAGACCUUCUCCGUUACAAGAACCUCCAUUUAAAGAAAAAAACCAAAGGCUGAACAGACGCGGAAACAGAGGCGGCCGUGGCCUUGGCCCAAGGAGAUGGAUUCGGUUUCUCCCUCCAUGCAGGCUGAGGUGGUUCCUGGAAGAGGCUGGCCUGGGUUCCUCUCCCCCAAGUGUCUGUGCAGUGCUGGGGUUGCACCCCCAUUGCAGGCAGGGCCCCAGGAUGCUCAGCCUGGCUGUCGGAGACCCCUGCCUCGUUGGGAGUCCUGGGCUCUGCUGGGCGGUGAAGGAUGCUGCUUCUCAGAGUCGGAGCUGAGAGGGGCCCGUGCCCCCCCCCCAUGCCAUUUUCCCAGGGAGACAUGGGCCCAAGCCCUGCCCUUCCUGCUGGCCUCUGGAUGGCACCUGCUUAAGGAAUGAGGCAUGGCCACCCUCGGAUCUUGGCUGGGGCUCUUCCAGCUCUCCCGGGACCUCCAGCAGAUGACGGUGGGUCCCCUGAAGAAUUUUUGCUUUCGGGGGAAAGCAAAGGGUGGGGGGCAUUGAGGUGGCCAGUGUGGACACCCUGCCAGUGCUGCAAUCCCAGGGUGAUGCUGUGGCAUCAGGCCUGUCCAGGGUGUGUGGCCCCUCCUGCAGGCUCCUGGGAAUGGCCAGCCCCCUUUCUGCUCCAGCUGCCGCCACAGGAGCAGCGGUUUGUGACAGGAGGGGCAUGGACCUGGGGCAGGAUGGCAGCCCUUCACGUUCAUCUCCAACUCCCAGCCUGCUCCCACCAACUGGCUCUGCUCAGU